AGUCAGUUUUGAAAUGUACGAAAACAAUGCACCAUGACCAUACUAAUAGAAUUUUCCUUAAUUACAACUCCCUCCUUGAGAGAUAUCUACUCUACUCUCUUUCAUCUUAUGUUAAAAUACACACUCCUCUUUCGACGCAGAUAAUGAAAAUGUUGUAACUGAAACUUGGAUAGCAAAUUCUACACUUUGAAUCUCCACUUUCCUGCCGACACUCCAAGCGCACGUUAGCGAUGGAGUCUCUCUUCGACGCAAUCAACAUUCACGAUCUUCUCUCAGCACAAGAUCUCUCCGACCGAAACUCUCCUCUCUCAGCACCCGAUCUCCGUCUUCUCAUCGACCGUGUCGAGUCUCACUCUCUUCAGAUCCGAUCACAGGUACAAUCCUACCUCGCCUCACACCACGACGACUUCGCAAGCCUCUUUUCUCUAUGCAACGACGCCGUUUUACAGACUGUUAAGGUUUCCGAUGAUCUCACCGGUGUGUUACGGUUGGUCUCCGAGCGUCCCGCGGAUGUCGAGGUGCGAGAAGUUGUGGACGAAAUGAAGUCAAAAAGUGAGGAAUUGAAGGUGAAGAGAGAGCUGUUAGGGUUGGUUGGAACAAUUGUGAGUUUGAAUCAGAGGUUGGAAAGUGUGAAAGAAGCGUUGAAGAAUGGGAAGUUUCAGUUUGCUGCUGAAGGAUUGAAGGAGUUAAAGGUUGCGUUGAGAAUUGGUGAUGAAGAUGAUAGGGAACCAUUGGUGUAUGGUUUGUUGAGAAAUGAAUGGUCUCAGUGUUUUGAAGAGAUUCAAGAGCUCCUUGUGAAGUUUAUGGAAAAGGCUGUGCGGUUUGAUGGGGACUUGAAUCAAAUAGAAGUCAAAUAUCAUUUAGAAGUUCAUAAUUUGAGUGGGAUUCAGCUGCAAAUGGUUUUGGAAGCAAUGGAGGUGGUUGGUAUUCUAGAGUAUGGGCUUGCUAAAGUUGCUGAUUUGAUGAUCAAGUAUGUCAUCACACCUUUCAUUAAUCGUGGACAACCUCUUUCAUUUCUAGAGGAAUCGGAUCAAGAUUCAGCUGUACUGAAGAUAGUUCCAUCACCAGAGAGUAAGCUUGAGUAUUUGGAUGGGGAGCUUCUCUAUUCAGGGAUUGUGCUUUUUAUCAAAUUUUUUUAUAGAAGUAUUUGCUUCCAGAACGGUUCCUGGAUCCGAACUUUUGGACGUUUGACAUGGCCUAGAAUAUCAGAGCUAAUAAUAUCAAGCUUUCUUUCAAAGGUUGUUCCAACAGAUGCAUCAAAACUACCCGACUUUCAGAAGAUUAUCAAAUGUACAUCUGAUUUUGAAACAGCUUUAAAAGAGCUCAUGUUCAUUUCAUCAGAUGACAAGGAUAACAGGCUGAGCAAUUUUGCUGAAAAUGUCGAGGUUCACUUCGCAUUUAAGAAAAAGGCAGAGAUCUUGGCUAAAGCUAGAAAUCUGCUCCUAGAAUGUGACUUUUCCAUACCUCAAGAGUAUACAAGGGAUGGUUCUAUUUGGAAGAAUGAGGGAACUUCCACCCUGUCAUCCAGCCAUGUGGUAGAUUUGAUUUUCUUAUCAGAGAGGUGUUUGGUAUCCAAAGCAGCCAAACAAUUGAUGGAACUAAUUCAUCAGACACUGCAGGAUGUCUGCCUGUCAUCUACAAGAGUUGCUGUGGAAUUUUAUCAUGCAGCUAGAGAUGCUAUACUUCUUUAUGAAGUAGUAGUCCCUGUCAAGCUAGAGAGGCAGCUUGGUGGCAUCAAUCAAGUAGCUGUUCUGAUGCAUAAUGACUGUCUUUAUCUUUCCCAAGAGAUACUUGGAUUUGCAUUUGAGUAUCGAACAGAUUUUCCAAGUUCGAUGAAAGAGCAUGCUGUGUUUGCUGAUUUGGCUCCAAGAUUUCUGCUUUUGGCAGAAGAUAUAUUGCAGAGACAAGUUCACCUUGUUAUUUAUAACUUGAAGGAGGCUAUAGACAGUGCUGAUGGAUUUCAGAAUACUCAUCAAAUGCAACAAUUUGAGUCCGCUAAAUUCAGCAUUGACCAGGUUGUUUUCAUUCUUGAAAAAGUGCAUAUCAUAUGGGAGCCACUUUUGCUUCCUUCAACUUACAGGAAAAGCAUGUGUACAGUAUUAGAGUCAGUUUUCUCUAGAAUCGCAAGAGAUAUACUUCUCAUAGAUGACAUGGCUGCAGAAGAGACUUUACAGUUACAAAGACUAAUCCAUUUAAUGCUGGAAAGCCUAUCAUCUUUAUUUGAGUCCUUGGCCACUGGUGAUCCAAAUUCGCACGAGUUCUCUGCAGAGUCUCUUGAAAAUCUUAUCCCAUCUUUACGCAAAAUCCGCAAACUAUCAGAAUUAUUAGAUAUGCCUUUAAAAUCCAUUACAGCAUCUUGGGAGAAUAAAGAAUUGCUCAGCUGUGGCUUUACUAUCACGGAGGUGGAAGAUUUCAUAAAAGCUAUAUUUGCAGACUCACCUUUAAGAAAAGAUUGUUUACGGAGGAUACAAAAUGCGAACUUUUAGGAUACUUCUAACUUCCUACAUGAUACAUAAAUCUUAAACUACUCUGGAGGCUGGGAUUAAAAAGUCGGAUGAUGAUCCCUCCGAGGCAAAAACAUGUUAGUUUGAGCUAGCUUUCCAAAUAUUGCAGGUUGCAGAAAGUUAGUGUUCCGAGCAAAAUCAUGCUGAUAAUUUUCUGUCGAGGAGCAAACAUGUGAUUAGUGCAUGCAUAUUUGAGCAUAGUUUCUGCUACACCCUAAUUUGUUAUCCAGUAAUGGCAAGCAUAUUAGGAUAUCAACUUUUGGUAGAUAUAUAUGUAAUAUUUACCACUAAGAGGCAUGGUAUCAGUGAGACUAUUUUUAGAUCCAGAUACAUAAAACAAUUGUAGCUCAAAUUUUGGAAAUGACAUUUUUUUUUUCGAGUUAAA